AUGGUGACCCAAAUUCGGGAUUUAAUCUUACCACUUACCACAGAUUCAAAGUUAUAUGAACUUUUGGCAAAUGAGUAUCCUGAUUUGGUGGAAGUACAAAAUUUUGGUAAAAGCUUCGAAGGCAGAAAUUUAACUAUGGUUUAUAUUUCUACUGAUAGGAAAGACACACCAAGAGUGGAAAGAGUCAAGUUGAGACUCCAUAGGCCUGUGGUUUUAUUAGACGCAGGAAUCCACGCCAGAGAAUGGAUUGCGCCAAGUAUGUCCUUGUACAUUUUGAAUCUCCUAGUAGAGCACCACCAGGACAAUAAAGAACUGUUGCAAAAGUUCGACUGGAUAAUCAUACCUGUACUAAACCCUGAUGGAUACGAAUACUCGCACGUUGGAGAUCGUCUCUGGCGCAAAACAAGGAGCACCCUUACAAGCUCUCCAGAUUGCAUAGGAGUAGACGCCAAUCGCAAUUUUAGGUUUCAUUGGAAAGAAGACGAUAGUCAUGCCAAACCUUGCGAUGAGGACUAUCCAGGAGACCAGGCCUUUUCCGAACCAGAAACCAGGGCUUUGAGAGACCUUAUGAAGGCACAUAAUGUACAACUGUAUUUAACUUUGCACAGUUUUGGAAACUUCAUCCUGUACCCUUACGGGUACACUUACGAAGCACCCGAAGGCUGGUGGGAUUUGCAGGAUAUUGCUUUUGAGGUGCUGGCACAUAAUGUACAAUUGUAUUUAACUUUGCACAGUUUCGGAAAUUUCAUCUUGUAUCCUUACGGGUACACCUAUGAUGCGCCCGAAGGCUGGUGGGAUUUGCAGGAUAUUGCUUUUGAAGCCGCUGGUGCUAUAAUGGAGCACCAUGGUCCUUCCUACACAACGGGCAGUUCCUCAGCAGUCCUUUAUCCUGCUGCAGGAGGCAGUGAUGACUAUGCAUAUGGAGCAGCAGGUUUAAAGUUUGCUUUUACAAUCGAGUUACCAAAAGGCGGUGAUACCGGUUUUGAUCCUGAACCCAAAGAUAUGAUGAAGAUCUUCGAGGAGACCAUGUUCGGGUUCAGGGUUAUUGUCCGGAUGGCCGGUGAACACUUUUGAAAGUAAUAAAGAAUUUUUUUUAAGCAUGUUUUGUUUUUGUUUUAAUGCGAACUGUAGAUUUUAUGCGUGAAGUGAAGCUUUUUAGGGUAGGAUUGGAUAAUGAAGUUUUUGGAUGCAAAUAAGGAUUGCAUUAGUUAAAUCUAAACAAGGUGCCGAAGGUAAAGUAAGAGAUAGAAAUAGUGAAAAUCAGAAUUAAUUUUAAAGAGAGAUAUAGAAAAAUAGAUGCAUUAUGUGCAAUAGAGACAUUCAGGUGUAUAGUAUAAAGAAAGACUAGAUAUUUACACUUAGAGAUAGAGACAUAAUACGAGAUAGAGUGAUACAAAGAGAGCUAGUCAGAAUGCAAAAUGAAGAA